CAUCUUAGCUUAUCUGUCAAAAUAAAUAAAUAACAGCAGUGUUUAUAUGUGCUCAGCUUGCUUACGCGAAGGUGUUAUCGUUUACAUAUUCAAUAGAAAGUGCUAGAAAUACUAUAAUUAGUUAUCAGGCUUUGAGUUCGUUGUAAGACAUGAAGAAACACAGAGAGCAAUGGAGAGUAGAUUCUGCGUUUUGAACGACACUGAAGACCUCCAAACGCAAAUUUCAAACACUGAGAACAGUUUUCACUUCGAAAGGUCUAAGACACUGUUUGAGGAGAUUCGUGCCUCCAUCAACAACAAUGACGAAGAGGACCGCUCCUUUUGGAGGCCUGUGCUCCCAUGGGGCGGCGUCUUUACCAUCAAGGCAGGGCGGAAGGCUAUAUCAUGCACCCCUCUGUACGUCAAAAUCAACCUGAAAAACACAUGCACCAUCGAUGGCUUCCUCAUGAUCCUGUAUGUGAUCCUGCGGGACAACCAGGGCUUUCCCCAGGAGUUGGCUGUCUUCCUGGGCAAGCACUUUGUGGAUCAUUUCCUCUACCUGAUGGACUCCUGUGACUACACUACAGUCAAGAUGCUGUGGAUCUGGGGCAGGAUGUCUAAACGACAGUAUCGCUCAGCGAUCCACCAGGCAGCACUGGAGAUUGACUUGUUUGGUAAUGAGCAUGAGAACUUCACAGAGAACCUAGAAAACCUCAUGUCCACCAUACAGGAGAGCCUGUGCACUAACUGGAGCUGUCCAUCCCGCUUCCAGGAAUUCAUCAAGACUACAAUAAACAUCAGCCCUCCUCAUGAGCUGCCUCACAGAGACCCUAUUCAGUCGGCUGUGGAUGGGUUCUUCUGCCCCAAGCUCCUGCUCUGCGCAGAACUGGGGUGUGAUGGUCUAAGAGAGUUCUCUCAGAGGGUUUUCUGCAAUGGACCCCCACCCUUUGUCAUUCUCAACAUGCAGCAGUGGAAAUCAGAGGAGCUGUCCUAUGUCCCCUACCAUCUAGCCCUCUGCCAGCACAGGUACUUACUAGAGGGCGCCACACUCUUCAACAGGGAGGAGCAUCACUACUCUGCAGCCUUCCAGAUAGACGGCUGCUGGAUGCACUAUGACGGCCUGAGAAGUGACAAUCUGAUCCUGUUACACAAGCCACCAGAGCUCCUGCUGCUGUCCUCUCUGGUCUACAUCCGUGCCUCCGACAAGUGAACUCGUCUUAUCUUAACUGGACAUACAGAUGAGCAGGAGUCACAACAAGCACAAGAGUGAAAGCAUUCAUCCCUUCCUUCCUUCCUUCCUUCCUUCUUUUGUUAUUUUGUCAUGACCCUAUAGAUGGCAUUACCUUAAUGUAAUCAUGUUACUCUUCCUAUUAGGAUUUUUAAUUAAUAUGUGUCAGCAGUUGCUUCCUCCGCUAGCUUUAAGUGUGCUGAGUGACACAUGCUCCAUUCCACCCGAAACGCUUGCAGAAAGCUUACGAUGCAAAAUGAAAAUUACUUAUUUCUAGGCAUGCUUGGAAUCCAAGAAUAUAAUGGACUAUAAUAGUUCUGGGUUGAUAUGCAUAGAUGACAAUACCAGUGAAUAACUCUCAGUAUAAGCACAUACAUCUGGUGCAUUUGCUAUAAAGCAGCCUUUUAUAAACGGUUGUUGGGGCUUAAUAUUGACAUGUAAGUCACAUUUCUAUCCAAAUGAAAAACAUUUCUGCAUAUCAACCCUUUCCUAAAAUUGAACUGGUGCUUUUUCUAUUUACACUGUGGUUUGAGGACAAGAUACAACCAUAAAAUGUCUAAAUCCAUGUCAGGUAACUGUUUUUUUUUGUUUAAUUGUAGGCAAGCAUUUAAUCCAAUGAGUGAAUGUUAAAAUACAAAAUCCUUAAAUUAUAUAAAUGUUUAAUGCAGUCUGGAAUAUGUCUUUUCUUACACAAGUAGUAUAAAUAUUACCUCUUUGGCUUUCAGGACACUAAGCUGGCACUAUGUCCACACAGCUCAGCAUACUCCGACACAGGAAAUAUGUAAAUCUACAGGUGAUGUUGUAGCAGUUUUUAACUCAAAGAAUAUCACACAGUGCCUCUGCCAAGGAAAGUUUCAAAGUGAAUCCUGUUGAGUCCUUGGUCAAGUUUCCAAAUGCUGUUUUCUAUGCAGACACUGUCUUUAAAUGCAAAUACAAAUACAUUGUAAAGUA